CCCACAGUCAGCCCUCAUCACUACCCUUGGAAGAGCCCUCUGCCCAGGCCACCCCAGACUGCAGGACCAGCCCUCCACUACUUGCUCUUGGCUCUGCAGGGCAGGAGGGUGGGAGGAGAAGGAAAAGGAGACGUCUGGGGAGGGCCAGCCCAGGCAGAAGCACUCCUCCGGCCUCAAGCACAGGCCAGCCAUGUCCAGCCCAGGGCUCCUGCUUCUGCUCCUGCUGCUGGCAGCACCACCUCCCUGCUCUUCCUCACUCUCCCAGCCGGACAUCCCAGAGGGCAGGGCCACCGUCGAGGACCUCAUCCUAUCUGCACUGGAGAGAGCCACUGCCUUCCUGAACAAGAGGCUGCCUGAAAUCAACCUGGAUGGUGUGGUGGGCUUCCGCGUGCUCGAAGUGCAGCUAAAAGGCGUUCAGGAGGCGUGGGCCCAUAAGCCCCGGCUGCAGCCGCUGAGCCUGCGUGUGGGGGCACUGGCAGAGGAGCUGGCGUGGCUCCUGCACAGGUCUGUCUUCUUCCUCAACCUCAGUGACCCCGAAUACUUCAGAGAGUUCCAGUCCAUCAUCCAGCCCGGCUUUUGGAAGCUCCCUCAUACCUGGACUCGCACCAACAUCUCCAUGGUGUAUCCCGCUGCUGAGACCCAGGACUCCUUCUCAGAAGAACACAGUGAUCUGUGCCUGGUGCAGCUGCUGGGAACUGGGUCCAAUGGCAGCCAACCCUGCAGGCUCUCAGACUUCUGCAGGGACCUCAUGACCACGCCUGGCUGCUCAGGUUACUGCCUGUCCCACCAGCUGCUCUUCUUUCUCAUGGCCAGCACCAAAGGCUGCACGGAGGGGCUGUUCAGCCAGAGCUGGAGCUACAAGAACCUCUUCUGUGCCAACAUGAUGGACCUGAACCAAAGGGUGGAAGCCAUCGGAUACGCCUACCCCAGCCGGGACAUCUUCAUGGAAAACAUCAUGUUCUGCGGACUCAGCGGCUUCUCGGACUUCUACAAGCUCAGGUGGCUGGAGGCCAUUCUCAGCUGGCAGAGGCCGCAGGAAGGUUGCUUUGGGAGACCAGCACCUGGAGAUGGGACACCUGAGGGGCCCCUUCCCUUCCGACAGCAUGUUUUGAGAAGAAUAAAGAGGAGAGAGAAGCAGUUUGCAGAUGGCUGCUCCUCACACAACACAGCCACGGCUGUCUCGGCCCUGGGUGGCUUCCUCUACAUCCUGGCAGAACAGCCCCCAGCAAACAGAGCACUGUGGGGCCCCACCCCAUCACCAGCCAGCGGCCACUGACACGGAAGAUGGAACAGAAACUCCAGCCCCUUCCUCCUGAAGACCCCAUCAGCCCCUGGCACAGAGGCAACUGGAAGAAGAGCAGGGCUGCCCUGUUUCACCACCACCCCUCCCUCAGGGCAGCAAAGAUGGGAAAGACAGAACCGGGGAGCAGAGGAAUAAACAGAGUCCAGCUGA